AUGGAGACCCUGGAAGGAGCUGAACUCUGCUUUCCACAACUCCUCAACACCUCCUGCAGGAGGCCGAUACCUCCGCGCCCUGAAGCCUACGUUGGACUAGCCUUCAUCUGUGUUCUCACUGUGGCUCUCAACCUGCUGGUCAUUAUCUCCAUCUCUCACUACAGACAGCUCCAGACCAACACCAACCUCCUCCUCCUCUCUCUAGCCGUCUCAGACCUCCUCGUGGCCCUUGUGCUGAUGCCAGUUCAAAUCGUUAUAGGGGGCUGCUGGUUUCUGGGUGAUUUAAUGUGCUCACUGUAUUGGCUCAUAAACUUCAUCAUUACAUCUGCGUCAGUAGGAAACAUGGUGCUCAUAUCAGUCGACCGCUAUGUGGCUAUUUGUGACCCUCUGUGUUACCCCACCAAAGUCACUCAGAAGAGAGUUCAAAUCUGCGUUUGUCUGUGUUGGAUCUGCUCUGUGUUUUACAACAGUCUGGUUCUGAAAGAAAACCUGAGACAGCCGGGCAGGUAUAAAUCCUGCUAUGGAGAGUGUAUAGCUGUCAUAAGCGAUGAUGCGGCGGCUGCUGACUUUCUUUUCACCUUUUUUGGUCCCAUUGCUGUGAUCAUAGUUCUGUAUAUGAGAGUGUUUGUGGUGGCUGUGUCUCAGGCUCGUGCCAUGAGAUCCCACAUUGUGUCUGUCACUCUGCAGCCUUCAGGGACUGGAACUGCUAAGAAAUCUGAGAUGAAAGCAGCCAGGACACUUGGGAUUGUCAUAAUUGUGUUUCUAAUAUGUCUCUUUCCAUAUUACUGUAUCUCUCUUGCAGGCUAUGACAGCUUGAGUAGUGCUGCAUCUCUAGCUUUUGAGAACUGGCUGUUUUAUUUUAACUCCUGUUUAAACCCUGUGAUUUACGCCUUUUUCUACCCCUGGUUUAGAAAAUCUAUCAAGCUCAUAGUUACACUUCAGAUCCUGCAGCCUGACUCCUGUGAGGCCAAAAUGUUGUAG